AUGGAGAGCUCGGCAACAGAAUUCAGCACUUUACUCCACCACACCAAAGCUUACAAAUUUGCCUCAGAAGACACAGCAGAAUCAUUGGAAUUCUUCUGUAAUUUCUGGAGAGAUGAAGGCGCAGUACCAAUUGACCAACGCGGCGACACAGUUCUCCACCUUCUGGCCAUCAAAGGGAAAGUGGCUGCCCUGGGAUACCUACUUCGGGCAGACCACCUGCUCGACGACAUGCUCCUUAGAAAGCAUGCCAACAGCAACACUGCGCUGCAUGAAGGUGCGAGAUCUGGUCAGAAGGUUGUGGCGGAGAUCAUGGUCACGAAGAAGCCAGAUUUAGUUUUCCAGCGGAAUGAUUUGAACGAGACGCCUCUUUUUCUUGCUGCUGUGUCAGGAGGCACGAUGGCUCCACAAUUCUUCAUGCUGCCAUUGAGGGAGAACGUUACAGGUCCCCCGAAGCAUAUAUAA